AUGGUAUUGAACGGCAUUCUCGCCGGCAAAACGGCCAUCAUCUCUGGAGGCACAACCGGCAUUGGUCGUGCCAUCUGUCUCGAGUAUCUCCGCCAGGGAGCUCACGUCGUAGUCAACCACCUGGGCCUGCCCAAGGACCAAGAGCAUCUGGACUCUCUCAUAGUCGAGGCAAAGGCCAUCGAAACCAAAGGCACCCCUGUGGGCGAGUUGGACCACGUAGCAGGCGACGUGCGAGACCCCGAGACGGCGACCCAGCUCGUCACCCGGGCAGUGGCGCACUCCCCCAAGAACCGCCUCGACAUCUGCGUCUCCAACGCGGGCAUCUGCACCUUUGCCGACUUCCUCACCCUCGACGCAGACCUCUUCCACGCCACUGUCCGCACCAACCUGGACGGGGCCUUCUACAUCGUGCAAGCAGCAGCCCGCCAGAUGGCGCUCAAUCAGACCCCGCCCGGAGGCAGCAUCAUUGGCAUCUCGUCCAUCUCCGCCCUGGUCGGCGGCGGGCUGCAGACGCACUACACCCCGACAAAGGCGGGCGUCCUGAGCCUGAUGCAGAGCACCGCCGUUGCGCUGGGCAAGCACGGUAUCCGCUGCAACGCGCUGCUGCCGGGGACCAUCAAGACCCAGCUGAACGACAAGGACUUGGCAGACGACGCCAAGCGUACCUACAUGGAAGGCAGGAUCCCGCUGGGUAGGACGGGCGAGCCCAAGGACAUGGCCGGCCCGGCUGUGUUCUUGGCCAGCGAGGAGCUCAGUGGCUAUGUGACUGGGGCACAGCUACUUGUUGAUGGUGGCUUGUUUGUCAACCUGCAGUGA